AUGUAGUUACUUAAAGAACGUGAAGAAAAACAAUCAACUGUAGUAAAUGGUGAAGUUGAAGUAAGUUUAACUAGUGAAGAAGUUGCUGCUGCUCAAGGAAGACGAAAAAAAAAUCUUAAUUCUAAAGAACAUCAAUUAGAACUUCAAUUAAAACGUGUAUUAAAAAAGAAUUUUUUACAAAAACAUAAACAUCAUAUUGUUUGUAAUCUUGGUCAUGGUUUUCAUUUAAUUAAAACAUAUAUUCAUAAUGAAGAAAUUCGUUCACUUAUGUUUUCAUUACUUGAUGAAUCUAUAACAAAAACAUUAAUUUAUAAUAAGAAAACAACAAAUAUGAAUGAUAUACAUCGUCUAGUAAAAUAUUUUAAUGAAGUUUUUAUUGUUAUGGAUAAACCAUCAAAUGAUGAACAAGAAAGUCAACCAGUUACACUUGAAAAAUUACGUCAAGCUAUGAGUGAACAUUUAACUAAAUCAUCAUCACCUAUUCGUGUUAUUCUCUUUGCUAUUUAUGUUCGACUUCUUCAUUAUGAAUGUCGAUUAGUAUUUGCUGCUGAUCUACCACCAAUUCGUCCACGUGCUGAAAAACAAGAAAAACUUCGUAUACCACAUGGUAGUCUUACUAAAAAUAUUAAGAAAAAACAAAAACAAACUUUAACUGAUGACGAUGAUGAUAAUAGCACUAGUAUGAGCAAUGAAGAUACAUCACGAUUACAUUCACAUGAUCAUUCAUCAGAUGUAUCUCGUGUUGUUGCUUCAACUUCAUCACAAUUAGUUAAAAAUAAUCGAGCAAUUUCACCACCAUCAGCAACAACUGAUAAACCGGUAAAAACUAAAAAAGAAUCUCGUCGUUUAAUGCCUCGUUAUUAUUGGAUUGAAAUAUUUCUUGAAACAACCGAUAAUGGUUAUAUUCCAAUUGAUGUUUAUACAUCAAAAAUUAAUUCUAUUAUGGAUUUUGAAGUUAAUAUUAAAUUUUCGAUGCUUUAUGUAUGGGCAUUUGAUACUGAUUUAUCGAGUUCAUAUGCAAAAGAUGUAACGAAAAGAUAUUCACAAAAAUGGUUAACAACACCUUAUCGUACAGCACAUAUUGAACAUAAAACAAAUGGUGAUCCAAAAUGGUAUCAAAAAUUAAUGAAAAAAUAUCAACCAAAAGAUAAAACAAAAUCUCGAUAUUCUCAACAUGAAAAUAAACAAAUUGAAGAUCAAUUAGCGAGACAACCAAUUCCUCAAUCAAAAUCAGAACUCGUUGGUCAUCCAUUAUAUGUAUUGAAAUCGAAAUUACUCAAAUUUGAAGGAAUCUAUCCAAAUGAUACACCUCCUGUUGGAUGGCUUAAAGAAGAACCAAUUUAUCCUCGAGAAAAUAUUCAUAUUUUACGUUCAAAACAAACAUGGCUUAAAGAAGCACGACAAGUCAAUAAAGAUGAAGAACCAUAUAAAAUUGUUGAUGGACGAAUAAAAAAUAUGGAUCGUAAAAUGGGUGUAACAACAAGACCUGAAUUAGAAUUAUUUGGUGAAUGGCAAACAUCUGAUUAUGUUCCACCAACAGCAAAAGAUGGUAUUGUACCAUGUAAUGAAUAUGGAAAUGUUGAUUUAUUCAAACCAGAAAUGUUACCACAUGGUUGUGUUCAUAUUAAUGAAUCUAAUGCUGCUCGACUUUGUAAAAAAUUACAAAUUAAUUAUGCCGAAGCAAUUACCGGUUUCGAUGCACAUGGUGGUGGAUCUCAUCCAGUGAUAGAAGGUAUUGUUAUAUGUAAAGAAUUUGAACAAACUUUACGUGAUGCACUUGAAGAACAAAAACAAAUAACGAUUGAAAAAGAGAUAAAGAAAAAAGAUGAACGUGUUUAUAAAAAUUGGCGAAAACUUAUUCGUGGUUUAAUUAUUAAACAAAAUCUUGCAAGAAAAUAUGCUGACGAUGAUGAUGGUGGCGAUUUAGCAACUGAUGCAAAAUAUCAAUGGCCUAUAUUACCAAAAGAAAAUAAUGAUAAUGACGACGAUUUCAUGUAA